AUGCUUAGAAGUCUAGUAUUUGGAAGAACCGUUACUCGUGUAACCAUCACCCCUUCUGUACUCAGACCCUUAACGACUACAGUACCUAAUUGGUCGGGACAUAACAAAUGGUCUACUAUCAAACACGAUAAGAUGAAGAAUGAUUCUGCAAAGAAUAAAAUGAUUAACAAAUACGUGAAUCAAAUUAUGGUAGCGAUUAAAUUAAAAGAUACGCGAUUACAGACAAUCAUUGACACCGCAAUGAAGGAUAAUGUUCCUAAAAAAGUCAUUGAUAAUGCGAUUAAGAAGGCCUCUAGUGCUGGAUCCACUGAAGGUACUGUAAAUAUAUAUGAAGGUAUGGGACCCGGUGGUGUUGCAUUGAUCGUAGAGACACAGACAGAUAACAAGAACAGAACUGUAGCCUUGGUGAGAAGCCAUUUCACAAAGGCAAACUUGAAUUUAUUGUCAAUGGGUUCUUCGAUGCAUUAUUUCAACAAAGUUGGACGUAUUGUAGUAACGUAUCCACACCCUGAGGGAAGUGAGGCUAUAGACGAGGACUUAGUCCUUGAUAAGAUCAUUGAGGUUGAAGGUGUAAAGGAUUUCGAAAAGAUUGAACCCCCAGAGGAUGAACCUACCACGGAUCCUGAGUAUAUGAUACUCACAGAACCUGCCAUGACCAACAAAGUGGCUAAAGAAUUACAAGAUUCUCAUGGAUUCGAAGUCACAGAGGCAAAUAUCAGUUAUCAGCCAAAAUCCGAAAUGCAGGUAGACAUCACACAGAAUGAUGAUAUCAAAAACGCAUUCAACAAGUUUAUUGAAGGUCUCCGGGAAAUCGACGAUGUUACAGAGGUAUACUCUAACGAGACUCAAUAG